AUGAAAUGUGGUAACUCCAUUCAGAGUUCUGUAUUUCAAUUAGCGAAGAGAGAAAAUUCGUUUCUUGAGAUGAAAGUUAAUGAAGAUUCAUAUCUUUAUUUGAAUUUGAGGAAUCCAUCAAUGGGUAUCAAAAUUGGAUUUUUCACUAUCAAUAUAACAGACGAGGACUCCACCAUUUACAGCAAAACAGUAUCGAAGAAUUAUUUCAAGGAUCAAAAAAGCACAAUCGAUUUAGUUAAAGACUUCAAGGGCAAAUUUCCACCGUCUGUUAAAUAUCCAUUAGUCAUCACCUGCAGUUCUAUCGACUGGAAUGCUGUUGAUGAGUGUGUCAUACAUUCAGAGAACUUAUCACUCUCGAAUAAUUUACGAGAGCUUUCCUUGCAUUUUAAAAAAGUUCUGGACGAAAACUUUUACUCGGACAUCGUUCUUAAUGUGGAUGGAGACAAAAUCAAAGCUCAUAAAUUGAUAUUGCAAGCUCGUUCCCCUGUCUUCCACAAGAUGUUCACGCAUGAAGUUGCGGGGAAUCCGAUUGCUAUCUUAGACAUUGGAUUAGAAACAAUGAAGAGGCUUCUCAAUUUUAUCUACUCUGGUACAACGGAUGAAUAUGGGUUUGAAGAACUUUUGGAACUGUACUAUGCUGCUGACAAAUACGAAGUGAUUUCUUUACGAGACAGUUGCAAAACAAAAUUGCUGAACCUUCUUCAAGUGGAUAAUGCUUGCGUCUUAUUUGCUUUAGCAAACCGGCACAGUGACGAAGCUUUCAAAAAUGAGGUGGUGCAAUUCAUAAGUGCGAAUUUUAAAUCAGUAUUCAAAACAGAAUCUUUUGAUGAACUGGGUAAUGACGACAUGAAAUAUCUCAUGCGUUUGUAUGUGAAAGCUAUGGAAUAG